CUUCCGUAGAAGUCAUUUCCGCGCAUGUCAUUUACUCCUACCUCCAUGCUGUGCAUGUUAUAAUAGAAAUGUGAAUAUUUACAUCAGACCCUAUUGUUUUUACUGUGUUUGUUGCCUUAGUUGAAGCCACCAUGAAGACCAGAUUCACCACGGUGGACAUCAGGGCGGUUAUCGCCGAGAUCAACGCAAACUACAUUGGCAUGAGGGUGAACAAUGUUUAUGACAUCGAUAACAAGACCUAUCUGAUCCGACUGCAAAAGCCUGACAGCAAAGCUGUUCUCCUGAUUGAGUCUGGGACUCGCAUUCACUCCACAGACUUUGAAUGGCCCAAAAACAUGAUGCCUUCAGGCUUUGCCAUGAAAUGUCGGAAGCACUUGAAGACUCGGCGACUGACUCAGGUUAAGCAGCUGGGGAUCGACAGGAUUGUUGACAUCCAGUUUGGUUCUGAUGAAGCGGCCUAUCACCUGAUUAUAGAACUUUAUGACAGGGGCAACAUCAUACUCGCAGACCACGAGUACACUAUCUUAAACCUGCUGCGCUUUCGCAACGCAGAGGCAGAGGAUGUGAAGAUUGUUGUGAGAGAGCGCUACCCUGUGGAGAAUGCCAGACCUCUUGAACCUCUCAUCAGCCUGGAAAGACUCACAGAAAUUCUCAGCCAAGCACCAAAUGGGGAGCAAGUGAAAAGAGUCCUAAAUCCACACCUUCAGUACGGUGCCACAUUAAUUGAACACAGCUUGAUAGAAGUUGGACUGUCGGGUUCUGUUAAAGUCGACGCUCAAGCUGAUCCCAGCCAAGUUGCUCCUAAAAUUCUGGAAGCCUUGCAAAUUGCAGAGACGUACAUGGGAAAAACAGAGAGCUUUAGUGGAAAAGGUUACGUGAUACAAAAGUGUGAGAAGAAACCAUGUGUAACUCCUGGUAAACCCAGUGAAGAGCUGCUGACAUAUGAUGAAUUCCACCCAUUCCUCUUUGCCCAGCAUGUCAAAAGCCACUAUUUGGAGUUUGACAGUUUUGACAAGGCAGUGGACGAGUUCUUUUCAAAGAUGGAGAGUCAGAAGAUCGACAUGAAGGCCCUGCAACAGGAGAAACAAGCUCUGAAAAAACUGGAAAAUGUCAAGAGGGACCAUGAGCAGAGACUGGAUGCUUUACAUCAGGCACAGGAGGUAGACAGAGUCAAAGGUGAGCUGAUAGAGAUGAACCUACCCAUAGUGGAGAGGGCACUGCAGGUGGUGCGCAGCGCCUUGGCCAAUCAGGUGGACUGGACGGAGAUCGGCAUCAUUGUGAAGGAAGCACAGGCAGCUGGAGACCCUGUGGCCUCAGCCAUUAAGGAGUUGAAGCUGCAGACCAACCAUAUUACCAUGCUUCUGAAGAAUCCCUAUAUCUCUGAGGAAGACCAGGAAGAGGAAGAGAAGGAUGUGAAGGAGGAAAAGGGGAAGAAAAACAAGAACAAAGACAAAGGACAACACAAGAAGCUGCAGAAGAACAAACCCAUGUUGGUUGAUGUGGACCUCAGUCUGUCUGCCUACGCUAACGCCAAAAGGUACUAUGACUACAAACGCAGCGCUGAAAAGAAGGAGCAGAAGACGCUGGAAGCAGCAGGAAAGGCCAUGAAAUCUGCAGAGAAGAAAACACAUCAAACUCUGAAGGAGGUCCAGACAGUGACCACCAUUCAGAAGGCCAGGAAGGUCUACUGGUUUGAGAAGUUCCUCUGGUUCGUCAGCUCGGAGAAUUACCUGGUCAUUGCAGGAAGGGACCAGCAGCAAAAUGAGAUAAUUGUAAAGCGAUAUCUCAGAGCUGGUGACGUCUAUGUUCACGCUGACCUCCACGGAGCUACCAGUUGUGUCAUUAAAAACCCCACAGGUAAUCCCAUUCCCCCUCGCAGCCUGACGGAGGCUGGAACCAUGGCUAUCUGCUACAGUGCGGCCUGGGACGCUAAAAUUAUCACCAGUGCUUGGUGGGUCCACCACAAUCAGGUGUCUAAAACAGCUCCCACAGGAGAGUAUUUGACCACAGGAAGCUUCAUGAUCCGAGGAAAGAAAAACUUCCUGCCACCGUCAUACUUGAUUAUGGGAUUUGGAUUUCUCUUCAAGGUGGAUGAAAUGAGUGUGUUCCGACACAAGGGGGAGAGAAAGGUGAAGACUGUGGAGGAAGAUAUGGAGGAUGAGAAGUCCAGAACUGCUGAACUGCUGGAGGACGGAGAGGAGCUCGUAGGUGACGACAGCGGUGAUGAGAAUCAGGGAGAAGGAACUGCAGGAGGAGAUGGAGAGAUGAUGGAAGAGAUAAAAGAGGAAAAUGAAGAUGGUGAUGAUGAUGAUGAGACCAGGGAGGCCAAUCCCACAGAGCCUGGAGAAGAUGGAGAUGAAGAUGUGACGGGGUCAGAGCAGAACGACGUGGAGGAAGACCUAGAUGAUAAUGAGAAUGUGGAUGACACACAGGACAUGGAGAAUGAGGACUUUGCUUUUCCAGACACGACCAUCUCUUUGGCUCAUUUACAGCCCAGCAGAGAAUUUCAGAACAUGGCUUUCAAAAAAGAACCAAACAUUGAGCCAGAGGUGGACUCACAGGGGAAGAAACACAUGACUGCCAAGCAGAGGAGAGAAGAGAAGAAGAAGAAACAGAAACAGGAUGGCUGUGACGCUGAGGAGAAGAGCGAUGUCACCUCCACAGGAGGAGCAGCUGCUGAUCAGGGAUCCAAAGGAGGAGGUGGAGGAAAAGGAGAUGGGUCCUCCUCCCAGCAGCCUCUGAAAAGAGGUCAGAAGAACAAACUAAAGAAGAUUAAAGAGAAAUACAGGGACCAGGAUGAAGAAGACAGGGAGCUGAUGAUGCAGCUGCUGGGGUCUGCCAGAGCAAAGGAGGAGAAGGACAAGGGGAAGAAGGGAAAAAAGGGAAAAGGAAAACAGGAGCCCGUCAAAAAACCCCCGACUCAGAAACAACCUCAGAAACCUCACAAUACAGAGAAUUUGACCAAAAAGCCAGCACAGACGGGAGGGGAGAAGGGUGAGGAGGAAAAGCCGAUUAGAGAGGAAGGAGGUCCUGCUGAGGAGGACAAGGAGGACGACGUGGACCAGGACAACCCUGGAGCAGAGGAAGCAGAAAAUCUCCUCACCUCUUUGACGGGUCAACCUCAUCCUGAGGACGUACUGAUGUUCGCGGUUCCCGUCUGUGCUCCGUACACUGCCCUCACCAACUACAAACACAAAGUUAAACUGACACCAGGUUCUCAGAAGAAAGGAAAAGCUGCUCGAACUGCUCUGCUCAGCUUCAUGAAAGCUAAAGAAUCCUCGGCCCGAGAGAAGGACUUGUUCCGCAGCGUCAAGGACACAGACCUGUUCAGGAACAUGCCGGGGAAAGUCAAAGUGUCUGCUCCAAAUCUGCUGGCUGCCAAGAAGAAAUAACAGACUGGAGAAAAUCUUAAAGACAUUCACAGUGACCCCGCCCUCAACGUCAUCCAAUCUGUAAUUAUGAGAAUCCAGAUAUUGACCGCAGUACAUAGGAGAAUAAUUAUGUUUUAUUUUUAAAUUGCUGUAUUUGUUGUCCCAAAGGUUGAAAUAAGACAUGUAAAUGAAUAAAUAGGGAACUUUCUGUAUGUGUUUAUUCUUUCUUUACAAAGAUAACACUUAAAAAAAAACAAAAAAAAAACAGAAAAGGAACAUUUGUGCAAACUGGGCAAAAACCAAGCCUGACUGAGUGGAGGUGUCUGAGUGAAACACACACUGAACUCCAUCAGUUCAAAGCUUUUUUUUUUUUUUAAAGAAGAACAAAC